GGGGUUUGGCACCAGCACCCCGCCCAGAGCAGUGCCUGCCCAAAUCCUCACAGGCGGCUCAUCAACGCGAUUGCCACUCCGGGUGGAGCCCGGACCUGUGAGCCUGGGUGUCCCUGGGUCCGUCUGCCCGGCCAUCUGCUGGUGGUGCCUCUGCCUCCUGCCGCUUCCCCCCACUGAGCCCCACCUUGCAGAAGUGCAGCCCGCCCGCCCGCCAGCCGCACAGCCCGGAGCUCAGCAUGUGUCCCCCGGGCUUCAGGCACUUCUUGCUGCUGGCCUCUUCCCUGCUCCUCGCAGGGCUGUCAGCUGUUCCUCAGAGCUUCUCGCCCUCUCUGAGAAGCUCGUCGGGCGCCCCCUGCAGGCUGUCCCGGGCCGAGUCGGAGCGCCGGUGCCGAGCACCUGGGCAGCCCCCAGGGGGCGCCCUGUGCCACGGCCGGGGCCGGUGUGAGUGCGGCGUCUGCAUCUGUCACGUGACCGAGCCGGGCACCUACUUUGGGCCGCUGUGUGAGUGCCACGAGUGGGUGUGCGAGACCUACGACGGGAGCACCUGCGCAGGCCAUGGUACCUGUGACUGCGGGAAGUGCAGAUGUGAUGCGGGGUGGUCUGGGGAUGCUUGCCAGUACCCAACCAACUGUAACCUGACAAGGAAAAAAAGCAACCAAAUGUGCAAGAAUUCUCAAGAUGUCAUCUGCUCCAAUGCAGGUACAUGUCACUGUGGCAGGUGUAAAUGUGACGAUUCGGAUGGAAAUGGCCUUGUUUAUGGUAAAUUCUGUGAGUGUGAUGACAGAGAAUGCAUAGAUGAUGAAACAGAAGAGAUAUGUGGAGGCCAUGGGAAGUGUUACUGUGGAAACUGUUACUGUGAGGCUGGUUGGCAUGGAGACAAAUGCGAAUUCCAGUGCGACAUCCCCCCCUGGGAAAGCAAGCGAAGAUGCACAGCUCCUGAUGGCAGAGUCUGCAGUAACAGAGGGACUUGCGUGUGUGGUGAAUGUUCUUGCCACGAUGUCGAUCCAACUGGGGACUGGGGAGACAUUCACGGGGACACCUGUGAGUGUGACGAAAGGGACUGCAGAGCUGUCUACGACCGGUAUUCCGAUGACUUCUGUUCAGGUCAUGGACAGUGUAACUGUGGGAGAUGUGACUGCAAAGCAGGCUGGUAUGGGAAGAAGUGUGAGCACCCACGUUCCUGCCUGCUGUCUGCUGAGGAGAGCAUCAGGAAGUGUCAGGGAGGCGCUGAGCUGCCCUGCUCUGGAAGGGGCAAAUGUGAAUGUGGCAAAUGCACGUGCUACCCACCAGGAGAUCGCAGGGUGUAUGGCAAGACCUGCGAGUGUGACGAUCGCCGCUGUGAGGACCUGGACGGUGUGGUCUGUGGAGGCCAUGGCACAUGCUCCUGUGGUCACUGUGUCUGUGAGAGAGGAUGGUUUGGCAUGCUCUGCCAACAUCCGCGGAAAUGUAACAUGACAGAAGAACAAAGCAGGAGUCUGUGUGAAUCAGCAGAUGGCAUAUUGUGCUCCGGGAAGGGUUCUUGCCAUUGUGGAAAGUGCAUCUGUUCUGCUGAAGAAUGGUACGUUUCAGGGGAAUUUUGCGACUGUGAUGACAGAGACUGCGACAAACAUGACGGUCUCAUUUGUACAGGGAAUGGAAUAUGUAGCUGUGGAAACUGUGAAUGCUGGGAUGGAUGGAAUGGGAAUGCGUGUGAAAUCUGGCUUGGCACAGAAUAUCCUUGACAACUCCAUAAGCAAAGACUGGAUUCUUAUUUUUCUAGGCAAUUAGAAUGUGUAACGCAAAGGAACUCAUGUAUAAUCACCACUAGGACAGGUUAAACACACUAUUGUAUGUUUUUCUAUUUCUGACCGCCUGAAUGAAAUCUGGGUACCCAUUAAAAAUGCGUUAAACCAACUCUGAUAUAAAAAACACUGAAAGAAUUUUUAUUUCACCAGUGGUUUUCAGCAUGGGAACUUUUGCCACCCAGAAGGCAUUUGGCAAUGUCUAUGGAGAAUUAUGAUGGUCAAUUUGGGGCGGGGGGUGGGUAGGAAGUGUGCUAUGGGAAUCUAGCAGGCAGAGGCCAGGAAUACUGUGCAACCCCUGAAGUACACAGGACCGUCCCCACAGCAAAGAAUGCUGUGACUCCAAAUGCCACGUGUGCUGGACUUAGGAAGUGCUGAUGGUGCUGUUUUUAGAGCUCUUUGUCCCUACACAGGAAAGACCUCAAUAGAAUAUAAAGAAAAGAUAUAUUCUCAUGGAAACCUGAUUUUUCUAGGAUUCCAUAUCACUCCACACUUCUGGGUGGGGACAAUGAAGACGAAUACAUUUAGGGUCUGAUGUUGUUUGGAGGAAUCACCAGAUCUGGAGUCCUUUGGAAAGGAAAAAGACUGGUCAUUUUUAGCCAUUAAGUCAUUUGUCUAUUCUCAUUUUAAACUCACAAAAGAAGAUUCUCUUAAGAUAAAGGAAGAAAUUAUGAAAAAUGUACAAUUUUAAAGUUUUAAUAAAUAAUGACAUAAGUUGUUUAUACUCUGUGUCAGAAUAUAUUUUCCUACUGAAAAUUAACAACAAAAAAGUAUAUUAUUCAGGGAUAUCCAUUUUAGGUUCCUAGAACUAAGAGAUCACAUUUUAAAACCUAGUCAGGGGUUACAGGUACAAGAAAUCAGAUUUUUUUUUUUUUUUUACUAUUUGAAUUACUCCAUGGUAAUGUGGCCUUUUGGGAAAAAAACAAACAAUAUUUAGUUAGAAAUAGGAUGAGCCUGAAAUAUGCAUUCAUUUUUCUUAAAAGACUUCUUUCCUAAGGAAGUAUAGGGUCAUGUAAAGAACUGGUACUGCAAAAAAUAAAAAUAAAUAAAUAAAAGGCACUUAUCUUAAAAGCUCAGUAGAGGAUUCCCUCCAAAAUCUAGAAGUGGCUUAAAUAGAAAUUACAAAUAUUCAGUCAGUGAUAGGAACAAAAUGUUUAUUUUCUUAAUGGUGAUACUUUGCUUUGUAUGAAAUUCACAUUGAAUUAUGAAAAUGUACAAUAAUUGGGGCUUUCCUUACAUAUAUACAGUUAAUUCUACUUACACACAUUAGUUUAGGCAAUCUUUAAUUAUUUAGAGCUAAAAAAAACACUUUUUUUCUUCUAAAUGUGAAUUAUUUUGUAAAAUCCUAAAGUGACGUAGCAAAAUCAUUUAUGUAUUAUUUUCAGAUGAAAAUUUUUACUUGGAAAUUUUAUGUUGAUGUAAAUAUUCUAGAAUGAUGGCUUGGGCUUCAUAAGUCAAACCACCAAAAAAAAUAAGGAAAUAUGCAUCUGCUUUAUUACUUCAAAAUUUAAUAUUGAAAAUUAUUUUAAGAGAAAAUUUAACUGGUGCUAAUUUUUUGAGUAUUAAUAAUGUUCUCAUUAUUUCAUAGACUUAUAAAAUUGUUAUCUCUAUCCUGAGAUUAAGGAGUUCAGCCAUAUUAAUUGUAUCUCUAUUACUGAGCAUGUCAGUUCUGUAAGAUAAGGGAAAUACAAAUAAUGGAGAAAUGAUAUGAUUAUAUUCUUUCCUCUCCUCUCCAUAAAUAUUGUAAGCCUCAAACAAACCUAUCUUAAUUUUUCAUAACAAUCUUGAUGACUUAUUUGAUGAUGGACAAUGGACUUGAUUACAUUAUCUACCCAUCUUGGAACAGACGCCCUUCAAAUUCCCAUGUUGCAGAGUUCAGCUUUCUAUGAAGGACUGGAUAACAAAUAUAUUUGACCUUGUGGGCCACAUACAUCUCUAUUGCAUGUACUUCUUUGAUUAUGUUCAAUACUUUGAAACCAUAAAAAGAUGAAAAUUCAUUCUGAGCUCCAGGGCUCCAGAGCAGACCCACUCUGAACUCUCACAGCUGAGAAGUGGUUUGCCAAACUGUGCUCCUCCGGCAUUACAUUUAGAUUCCUGUGGCUCAUCACAUAAUCUCAGUUGUUUCUUUUUCUUUUAAUUCUCUCUACACUAUUAUUCCUUUUCAUGGACAGCAAGUACAAUAAAAAUGUUGCCUGUUUCAUAUUUUCACUAUAUAAGAAAAGCAUCAAAAAUGCUCUUGGCAUUUAUGUAUUCCAAGUAAAAGUUUAGAUAUUGAGAAAUAAUUAUCUCAUAAAGUUGAAAAUGAUUUAUCCUGAUUUUUAAAUUAAUAUAUAAAUAUGUUAUGGUUUGUCAUUUUCUGGAGCCCAUUUAGUUACCUAUUACAGAACCAAACUGAGUUAUAGCAUAAAUCACCUGGUACCGAAACUCUAAUGAAUGCUUUCUCUAUGAAAAAAGAAAUAUCAUCUUUUAAUUUCUUUCUGUCUGCUGUUAACAUUUCAUGUGUGUACAGGUGUUUACAUACAUGUGUGAUUUGGGCUGUAAUAGUGCCAACCUCAGUAUAUCUAUAAAGAAGUCACUGAAUUUACAUAUUUUAGAUUGGAGGAAAAUUACAUAUGAAGACAUUACUUCUACCCUCCUUAAGAGUGACUUUAUAUUUCUUUAUACUUUGAUUUUUGAUUCCAUUACUAACUCAGAAAUAUCCUCCUAAAAAAAGAAAAGGAAGGAAAGAUAAGAAUAAAUUUGUGGUGGGUGGGAGACAAUAAGCAAAUCUUAUUGGUUUGUUCACGCUUUUGAAAAGUUACAGUGGGAUUAACAUCAAUUGGAGAGGAGGCACCAAGUUCACCAACAGUGCUGGGUUGCAACCCUGCUUUCCAUCCCUGAAAAAUUUUUCCACAGGGCUUAAUAGAAACCAACCAAAGACCUAAAACACUAGGGGAGAAUCUCUACACCUGCUUCCUUUUGGACUCCUUGAGCUCAGUCUAGAUUCUAGUAGCACAUUGGAAGGACUUGUCUAACCUACCUCAAGGGCAAACGGUCUUUUCCAAGAGACAUCAGAAUAAGACUCAUGACAAGCAAAUGUUUAGAGUACAAAUGUCCAAACUCUCCAAGAUGCAUAAUGAAAUGAUGAUCAGUUCCUUUUUACCUUUAUAGUAUGGACCGUUUGCCUGUCUUCUAUUACUUUUCCAAGUAUAGUGGCAGCAAAUUUUACAAAGUAAACUUAUUAGAAAACAGAAAUGACGUCACUUGAAAUAUCAAAAUGAAAUGGGAAACAAACAAAAAUAAAACUCAGCCUUAGUUGGAAAAUUCACUGUCAAAACUUUGAAACCCUACUUGGCAUUAGAGAGUCAACUGACCCUCCAUAUCACCUCAUAAACUAAGAAACUUAAGCUUUGACUCCAAGGUAACAUGAUAUACAUUCUAGAUUUUAAUAUGACUGCAUCUUGUGAUAUAAAGAGCACUUAGCUUAAGUGUUUCCCCUGCAUAUAGUCUUUUUCUAAAACAAAAUUGAAAAUAAUUUUUGCCUCCUUCUAAACUGAAUCUUAGCCAGUUUGGUGUCUCUUCUUCUUGGGGAGAUAUCAAAUAGUAAUCAUCCCUUUUACAUUAGGAAGAAAACUUUAAAUGAAAUAAUCCGUGUCUAACUUGAACAAGAAAGAAAGCGUUUUUUCUUUUUCCUUUUUUUUUAAUGAAGAACCAAAUUUGAUAUUGAUCAUCCUAAAAAAAAAACCCAAAAAACAAAAAACUGUUUAGGCAGGUGGCCAGAGUGAUAAGGAAACUCUGCUUACUUGUCAACAGGACAAUUCGAAGGACUGGAACAGGAGUCCUUGUGGCCCAUCUUGACCUCCUUACACUCCCCACUCCAAAACACUCAGGACAAGUGAAUGUUUAGAGUGCAGAUGUCCAAAUUCUCCAGGAUUCAUAAUGAAAUGAUGAUCAGUUCCAUUUUACCUUUAUACUGUGGACUAUUUUCCUGUCUUCUAUGAUUUUUCUAAGUAAAGUGGUAGCAAAUUUUACAAAGUAAACUUAUUAGAAAACAGAAAUAAUGUCACUUGAAAUAACAAAGCAAUGAACAUUUCUGAGCAUUGUUGAGGGAUGGGCAAAGCAAUCAGCUACCAUAACAAAUCAGUAGAAAGAGCCUCCCACGCCAGAUAUGCAUGCAGAAGGAAUGGGAUUUUAUGGGGACUUGAAACAAUGGAUGUAUGUACAUGGAGGUACAAAACACACGAUCUAUUAGUACAAAUGAAUUCCAUCAUAUUUACUAUACAGAACAUCAAUAGUGACAGAUUGUACUUAAUAAUAGCAAACUUAAUUUCUGAGGGAAAAAAAUGGUGGAGUCUUAUCCUGGAAGAAUAGCAAGAGAGGUAUUAUCAAAGAGCUAAAAUUUUCUUUGGCAUGGUAAAAGGGAGAAAUUGUGUUUACCAACUUAUUUACAUGACAUUGCUCUAUAUUUGUGGGUGACGCGAUUCCAUUUUGUUACAUAAAAUUGUUUAAUGUUUUUUUGAAUGCCUUCAUAUAAAUAUUUUAUUCAAUAUGUUGUAUUUGUGAAUACAACAGAUGAUAAUAAACACAGAAACUGUACAGUGCAGACAAA